ACUUGCAUUUAACUGAGUAUCAAAUCUCUUAAAAUGGCACCAAGUCCGAGAAGGCGUUCGAGGAGUAGGAGUAGGAGCCGGAGUGCGUCCCCAGCCAAAGUAGCAAUGCCAAAGUCGGCGAAGAAAAGUCCUAAGAAGAAGGCAGCAAAGAAGGCAGCUAGUCCGAAAAGGCGUGUAAGGUCUAGGUCUAGAAGUAGGAGCAGGAGCAGGACAAGGAGCAGAAGCCGCAGCAAGUCUCCUUCUAAGUCAAAGAAGGCCAGGAGUCCAAAGAAGGCCAAGAGUCCAAAGAAGAAGGCAGCUAAGAAGUCGUUAAAGGGAGGAGCUAAGAAACCCACAACUCUGUCUAUGGUGGUCGCAGCUAUCACAGCCAUGAAGGACAGGAAGGGGUCAUCUGUUCAAGCCAUCAGGAAAUACAUCAUGGCUAACUUCAGCAAGUUUCUUACUGCCAGCAGAGUCGCAUCGUCUGUAAGGAUUGCUUUAGCACGUGGACUGAAGACCGGGGCACUUGUGAGACCCAAGGGAUCCACAGCUACUGGAGCAACAGGGCGCUUCAGGGUAGGAAAAGCGGCACCAAAAAAGAAGGCAAAGACACCAAAGAAGAAGACACCUAAGAAAAAGAAGGCAAAGAAGCCCAAGAAGGCUACGAAGACCAAAAAGCCUAAAAAGGUAAAGAAGGCGAAGAAGGCAAAGCCAGCUAAAAAAGCAAAGAAACCAGCUAAAAAAGCCAAGAAGCCAGUCAAAAAAGCAAAGGCAAAGAAGUCUCCAAAGAAAGCAAGAAAGGCCGUAAAGAAGGGAGCUACUAAAAAGUAGACUUCUGAAUUACCUAAAACAAC